CCCAUUCAUGAGAUAGUCGUAUAUAUGCAAAGUUCUCUUUCAGAUUCACUAUUUCGUUUCGUACAACUAAAGGAUGAUAACCUUCAUUCUUUGGUUAGUCGCCGUUUCUCCCGCGGCGGCGCUUUCGAGAGGGUGCAACACGAGAGCUGAUGUGACGUUCUUGGUAGACUCUUCGGAUACCGUAGGACAAAUAAACUUUAAUAAACAAUUAGAUUUCCUUAAGGAUGUGACAAACAAAUUAAAUGUAGGACGAGAUCAGGUUCACGUUAGUGCCCUGACCUUCAGUUCCGGAGUUCACAACAAGUUCUACCUCAAUGAUUACGUGACUAAGAGUGACGUUUUGCAUGCGAUCACUGGUAUUCAGUAUUUCCCGGGUAACACCGAUACUGCUGAUGCCAUUAAGUUUAUGUCGCAGCAAAGCUUCAGUCCGGCACAUGGAGCCCGGGGAGAUGUACCACACAUCGCCGUUCUUCUGACGGACGGGCCCUCUACCACGAAAGCUAUCACCAAACUGCAGGCUCAAACUGCGAAGGACAACAAUGCCGUCAUUUAUACGGUUGGUGUGGGAAGCGGCGUGGACGUUGACGAACUGACGUCCGUGUCCAGCAACCCAGACCUCAGAUACUCCAUGUUUGCCGAUAACUAUGGCACCUUGAACAGUUUGUCGGACAUGCUCGCUACCAAAAUCUGUAAUGAGUUGCCACCUGACACUUCCACCCUCCCAGCUCCAACAGGUUGUCUUCACAAGGCCGAUGUUGUAUUCAUGGUGGAUUCAUCCACAAGUGUGGGAAGCGAAGACUUUCAGAAAACCCAAAAUUUCCUGAAGAACGUCAUUACAAACAUGGAUGUAGGCCACGACAAGGUGCAGGUCGGCGUGAUGCAGUACAGCAGCUACCCAACCAUGGGAUUCCCUCUCAAACUUUAUGGUAACCGUGGUGACGUCCUGCACGCCGUGGAGAAUCUGCACAUGACCAGUGGAGGAACAAACACAGCCGAUGCGAUCAAAUUCACCACAGACGAAAUGUUUUCUGCCACAAGUGGAGCCAGAAGCAACGUUCCUAGAAUCGCCAUUUUGCUUACCAACGGCGGAACUGUUGACAGCCAAGCCGCUAUCAAUGCUGCAAAUGUGGCGAGACAAGCAGGGAUUGGAAUUAAUGUUGUGGGCGUUGGAAACAGCAUCAACCAACAAGAGAUCCAGGGCAUUGCCAACCAGCCAGCCGGAAGCCACGUGAUCACUGUUAAUAAUUUCGACCAACUCGAACAACAAGCAACCCAGAUCCUCAACCAAGCAUGUGGCGUCACAAACACCUACAACUUUGCCUCUUCUUCUACCGUAAUCUGUGGUGACAAAAUCACGAACUGCAGGGAAUACGGAAGUAACGUGUGCAGAGACUAUCCAAACUGGGCCGAAGCCAACUGUAAAAAGACUUGCGGACGUUGCUCAUACCAGUAUAUUAUGAAAUUCCCAACAUGCACCAACAAACUUACAAACUGUGAAAGCUAUGGUAGAGAUGUAUGUACCUCCCACGGAAGCUGGGCUACGGACAACUGCAGGCUGUUCUGUGGAUUCUGUGAUGCUGCAGCCAGCUCCAAUGGAUUCUAUGGAAUGUGUAACUACAAGGGAAAGAUGUACCAGACUGGUGAGAAAUGGGUUGAUGGAUGUGAUUACGAAUGUGUGUGCAAUGAUGGAAACAAGGGAGACUACAAGUGUUACAACAGAUGUCCUCUGUACUACAAUCUACCAUCCAUGUGCACGUUGGUGAAGAAGGAGGGCGAGUGCUGUCUGCAGCCAGUAUGCAACUUUAAUCCAUCAGUUAGCCAAUUCAACAACACAGCCAUGGCAACCACAUCCACCGGAAUACCUGUGUGCAGUUACAAAUCCAAGAUGUAUUUCCAAGGGCAGACUUGGAAAGAUGGCUGCCAGUACCAGUGCACUUGUACUGAUGCCUCUAAGGGUUUCUAUUCUUGUGAACAACUGUGCCCCACCUACUCAAUUCUCCCUGCUGGCUGUCACUUACAUACGACCCCUGGUUCAUGUUGUCAAACUCCACAGUGUGAAUUUGAUCAACAGCAGGGUAGCUACACAGGCUAUGGUUUUACCAGUGGUUCUGGAACAGCUCAAAAUGUGGUGCCACCUCAACCCUGUGUAGACGUUGCCACCAACUGUAAAGUGUAUGGAAAAUCUGUGUGCACUACCUAUACACAGUGGGCCUCAAACAACUGCCGAAAGUACUGUGGCAUCUGUCAGAACUCUGUCAUCCAACCAGCUGCUGGAGAUGUGUGCAUAUACAAGGGUCAGACCUAUCUACAGGGACAGUCCUGGGAACCAGACUGUAGCACUAAGUGUACUUGUGAAAAUGCCCACUAUGGCUACUACAGAUGUAAUGAUGCGUGCCCAAGGUAUAACAACCUUCCAGCUGGAUGCAAUACGGUGAACAAGAGAGGUGAAUGCUGCCCUGUUGUGAAUUGCCAGGCUGGAGUUUUCUAUACUUCCAGUCAAAACGUAAACUCCAUUGGAAAUGGAGGACUGAUCACUGUACAACAUCCUCCUACCAACCAAAUCCAGAAUCCACCCUAUGGGCAAACCCAGAUAGGAUCCGGAGGAACUGGAUUCUUGGCCCCUACACUGAGAGGCUGUUUGUACAAUGGUCAGAUCUAUGGACAAGGACAAAUGUGGGAUGAUGGUUGCAAGUACACUUGCACCUGUUUGAAUGCUGCCACUGGUGACUACAGAUGUCGUGAAAAAUGCCCGUCCUACCAAAACAUGGCCUCUACAUGUGUUAUGGUCACAGACACCAAUGACCCAUGCUGUAUGGUCCCCAAAUGUGGAUUUGAUGUUGCUACCGGCCAAAUUCCCGUACCGGUACCCUCCUACAGCCAGGCCACUACUGGAGUGGGAAUUGUAAAGCCUCCUGUACCUACCCUGUACCCAACUGUUUAUCCUGAUGGACCCUGGGUAAUUUUGAACACAACUGGAGGGCAACCUCUUGCACCAACUGCCCCAACUAAUGUCAAACAAGGUUUCUGUAUCUACAAGGGCCAGCGUUACAAUGCGGGACAGACCUGGGAAGACGGAUGUGACUACAACUGUGUCUGUGAUGAUGGUGUUCGGGGACACUACAAGUGUAUUGACAAAUGCCGCACAUUUGAUUAUGUACCACAGCCAUACUGUCGACUUACACAGGAUCCCAAUAAUCCAUGCUGCAAAGUCCCAGAAUGUAAAUUUAUCCCCCACAAUCCAGAGAUUGAGGGUCAGAGAACAACCCCAAGUGUGCAAGGAAAUUUUUGUGUGUACAAUGGCAAACAGUAUCAGCAAGGACAGUCUUGGUAUGAUGGUUGCAGCUAUAAGUGUACCUGUGAGGAUGCUGAAAAAGGAAUUUACAGAUGUCUCAGCAGAUGUCCAGAAAUCUUGAAUGCCGAGCCUGGCUGUAACUACAUCACAGAUCCCCGUGACCCUACAUGCUGCAGAAUCCCUGACUGUACUCCUGUCAACAUAACCAAUCCUCAACCCCACCCUAUUCCCCCAAAGACCUAUCAAGGACAAAUUGUAGGAACACCUGGAAAAUGUGUAUACAAGGGAGUUGAGCAUCAGGCAGGUGAGAGAUGGGAAGAUGGCUGUGACUUCACCUGCACCUGUACCGACGCCCUCAGGGGACACUACGAGUGUGUGGACAGAUGCCCAGUGUACACCAAUUUGCCAGACACCUGUCGAAUGGUCAAUGAUUUUGCUAACCCCUGCUGUAAGAAGCCUGAAUGUAACAUCCCAAGUCACCCGGGAGGAAUUCAGGGCACGAAAACAACCACACCAAAUCCCGCUCUCCCACAAACACUCCCACCAAAACAACAGUACUGUGUGUACAAGAAUGCACAGUACCUGCAGGGACAAACUUGGGAGGAUGGAUGCAACUACAAAUGUCGCUGUGAUGACUCCAGUCGUGGAAUCUACACAUGCAACCAGAGAUGUCCCACAUUCUCAAGUCUGACCCCAGGAUGCACAAUGAAGACUGACCCAAGAGACUCGUGCUGUUUGAUUGAAGUUUGCCCACAACCCACACCAGGCCCACACCAGACUAACCCUAUACCGACUAUUCCACCAAAUCCCUUCACAGGAAAGGUGAACCUGCCCAUGCCAAGCCAAGUUCCUGGACAACCCCAACCUUCACCAAAACCAAUUGGUUUCUGUGUGUACAAGAGUGUCACUUACAUGCAAGGACAGAAAUGGGAUGAUGGAUGUGACUACACUUGUAAUUGUUAUGAUGCUGAGCAUGGAAAAUACAGAUGUACUCCCAAAUGCCCUCGCUACAUGGACUUGCCAGAAGGUUGCAGACUUCAUAAAGACCCUGCUAACCCCUGUUGUGAUAUCGUGGAGUGUGCCGAGCCAACACCUGCCCCCACUCCUGCUCAGACCAUACAGCCUGGUCCUAAUCCAACAAACCAGACUCCAAAUCCAAAUCCAAAUCCUCAGCCCACCACACCACAGCCAACCCCACAAUCUAGAUGUACUUGUGAGUACAAGGGACAGCAGUACCUACAGGGUCAGCAGUGGUAUGAUGGCUGUGACUUCUCUUGUGUCUGUGAGGACUGUGUUACUGGUGUCUACAGGUGCAACCAAAGGUGCCCAACAUUUCAAGCUCCACCUGCAGAAUGCACUCUGGUUGCUGAUCCGAAAGAUCCACUUUGUUGUAAGAUUCCUGAGUGUCCCACCACUGGAAAUUACAACACUGCUCCUCCUCUGGUCAUUCAAGGAGGAAAAGCAACUCCAAGCCCCACUCUGAGACCCAUUUACACACCUAAUCCUACUCCACCCACACCUUUCUAUGGAGGAUUUACAGGUGGCCCUGUGUACACAACACCACGACCCACUCCAGCAAUCCUGAUCCCAGGACAAACUUAUCCAACAGGUACACCAUAUCCAGGAGGUACUUAUCCACCAGGAACUGUUCCCACACAGCCUCCUCGAACCUACACACCUUAUCCCAGUGGAACAUACCCACCAAACUACUCUCCAAAUCCAUCCAAUAUUCCAACAUUCAGACCAGGACAACCCUACCCAUCUAAUAUGACUCCAUAUCCCAGUGGCACCUAUCCACCCAGAGAAACCUAUCCCCUGCCAACUAUUUAUCCUGGAGGUGGAACUUAUCCUCCAGGUUUUAGCCCAGUAACAACCCCUGUUCCUUAUAGUCCUGUAGUGGUUUACUUCACUAAUCCCCCACUGAUCCCAGGAGGUACCUAUCCUCCAGGACGUACCCCUUAUGUUGGUGGAACCUAUCCAACAGGUACUGUUCCUCCUAGAACCUAUACUCCAUACCCAAGUGGAACAUAUCCACCAAGAUAUACUUUUGGUCCCUAUUUCACACAACCAACAUUCAAACCAUACCAAACUUACCCCACAAACAAAACACCAUACCCCAGUGGAACAUACCCAACUGGAACUGUGCCACCUCCCACUCCAUUUAUAGGUGGAACUUAUCCUCCAGGUUACACACCACAACCAACACCAACUCCCAAGCCACAAGUCCCCAUCCUGAUCCCUGGAGCAACUUACCCACCCAGAGAGACUCCCUACCCAUAUGGAACAUAUCCAACAGGCACAGUACCACAUCAGUACACUCCAUAUAUUGGUGGAACAUAUCCUCCAUCUUUCACCUUCAGACCAGGACAAACACCUCCAACAUUUGUUCCAGGACAAACGUACCCCACCAAUCAAACUCCUUAUCCAGGUGAAACAUUCCCAACACGUGUCACUGUGCCUCAAUAUACACCUUUUGUUGGUGGAACAUACCCACCAAGCUACACUCCACCGCCAUAUUACAAACCAUCCACAUAUAGACCAGGUGGCACCUAUCCAACUAAUCGAACACCAUAUCCCUAUGGUACCUUCCCAUCUGGAACUGUACCAAUGGGAACACCCUAUGUAGGUGGAACAUAUCCUCCUGGCUUCACAUUCAAGCAACCCCAACCUACCACACAGAACCCAUUCAUUCCAGGCAAGACCUACCCUACCAACAUUACACCAUAUCCAGGUGGAACAUACCCACCUAAACAAACUGUACCACCGCUGACACCAUAUCCACAAGGAACAUUCCCAACUGGAUACACUCCAUUUUACCUGGUCACCAACUAUCCUCAUUACAAUGGUGGCACCAUUUAUCCACCAGGAGCUACACCAUAUCCAGGAGGCCCCACUUAUCCACCAAAUCUCACUUACCCUACCUACACCCCAUAUCCACAAGGUACAUAUCCACCAAUUAAACCAUCAUCUGGUUACUUCACUGGUGCUGCACCAAUCACAUUCAAACCCUACCAAACCUAUCCACCAAAUCAAACUCCAUACCCAGGUGGAUCCUAUCCGACUGGCACUGUGCCUCCACAGCAACCAUACCCAAGUGGAACAUACCCCCCAGGUUAUACAGGUGGAAAUCCAAAUCAGCCAUACCUUAUCCCAGGACGAACCUAUCCACCAUACUUGACACCCUACCCAUCUGCGACAUACCCACCUGGUGUGACUGUUCCAUACACACCUUACCCACAAGGAACAUACCCACCAAACUACACAUUGCCACCACAGUUCACUACCCGCCAGCCAACACCAACACCACCACCAAUUUACGUUCCCAACACAUGUAUCUACAAGGGAAAAUCAUACACGCAAGGACAAAGAUGGCAAGAUGGCUGUGACUAUGACUGUGUGUGUGAGGAUCAAAUGACCGGUGUCUACAAAUGUACUGAAAAGUGCCCAAGAAUCACAGAUCUGAACCCUGGCUGUCAGUUAGUCCAAGACAUUAAUGAUCCUUGUUGCAAGAAACCAUAUUGUCCCCCCAAUGUAUCACCAAUUGUGAUCAGGCCUCCAACACCCACAACCAUUAAUGGGCGACCAGCUGUCUGCAUGUACAAGGGCGUGGCCUUCAAACAAGGUGAAACUUGGAAAGAUGGCUGUGACUUGGUUUGCAUCUGUGAGAAUGGAACAACAGGGUUCUACAGAUGUGAUGACAGAUGUCCAGUAUACCAGCUCACUGAUGGAUGUACCAUGGAAGCAGACCCUGCUGAUUCUUGCUGCAAGAAACCUGUCUGCCAUCCAGAACAAAUGACACCCCCAACAGUUGCCCCUACUCCCAAACCCAAACCAGGGGAGGUCCCUAUCCCAACUCCAUCCCCUACCCCUUACACGCUGCCAAUGCCCACGGCUGUGAACUAUGGAUCAGGACCAAAUGGAGGACGUGGGUGUCUGUACAAGGGAGUUUCCUACAAUGCUGGGCAAACUUGGAAGGAUGGAUGCUUUUACACAUGUGAAUGCCUGGACAUGCAGACUGGCAGAUAUAGAUGCAAGGACAGAUGUCCAGCUCUAGAUGGAGUGGUACCACCCCCUAACUGCCAGAUUGUCUCAGACCCAUCUGAUCCUUGCUGCAAGAUGUUGCAAUGCCAGCAACCCACACCAGCCCCAGUCCCAACAUUCAACAUUGGCACUGGAACUCGCCCACCUGUCACAGGCAGCAACAACUUCACACCUUUACCUGUUAACACCCCCGUACCAAACCCAUUGCAGACCACUCCAGGAUACACUAAUAGGCCAACACCCAAAAAUAUUUGUAUCAUGAAUGGCAAGACUUAUAGUCAGGGACAGACAUGGUAUGAUGGCUGUGCCAGAGUGUGUGUGUGUGAAGAUGGAGCAACAGGAUACUACAGAUGCAGUGAAAGAUGUAAUACAUACGACAGCUUGCCGUCAUCUUGCACAUUAAUUCCGGAUCCUAAGGAUCCCACUUGUUGCCAGAUACCAAAGUGUGCCACCCCCACCCCUGGUCCUAACCAGCCUGUCACCAUCAAAGGACAGCCUGGGUCCUUUACAGGAUUUGGAAUUACGGAAACACAACCUCCCACUCCCCCUACAACAAUUAACCCCUUCUUACCUACUCAGCAGCCAACUCCAUCCCCUCAACCAAGCACUGUUAGACCAAAUGUGUGCAUUUACAAUGGUUUGGCCUAUAAGACCGGGGAAAGGUGGCAAGAUGGAUGCAAGUACAACUGUGUUUGUGAAGAUGGAAACAUGGGACGGUACAAGUGUACUGAAAGGUGCCCUGCUGUUCCUCGGCUGACACCUGGCUGUACCCUCCAGACAGAUCCCAGUGACUACUGCUGUAAGGUUACAGUAUGCCGUCAGGUCACAACUCCUGCCCCUGGACAGCCAACACCACCUCCCACCAAACCACCAACUUUCUGUGUGUACAAGGGAGUUGCCUACACCCAGGGACAGACUUGGCAGGAUGGCUGUUCCACAACUUGUCGAUGUGAUGAUGCUGACAACAAUCUCUACAACUGCUUUGAUAGAUGUCCACAGUAUCCUGACUUGCCAGCAGGCUGCACUAAGACCGCUGACCCCAAUGACCCAUGUUGUCUGGUUCCUGUGUGUAGUACACCCAGACCCACCCCUUACAACCCACUGUACCCAACAACAACACCCAAUCCAAACCAGCCCACCACACCCUACAAUCCGUAUGUUACACCACUGCCUAAAGGAGAGAUCGUGGGAUACAAUCCUACAACACAGAAUCCUUACAAUCCGUCGCCCAAACCAACAUACUGUGUAUACAAGGGAAAACAAUACACCAACGGACAAACUUGGCAAGAUGGUUGUGACUACAACUGUGAAUGUGUUGACCAAGCAACUGGACGCUACAAGUGUACUGAGAGAUGUCCAACUUUCCCAGUACAACCCAACUGUUUCAUGGUGCCAAGCCAGACAGACAACUGCUGUCGAGUGCAGUAUUGUCCACCCCCAACACCUGGUACCACUCCAGUACCCCCACAACAAAUUACCACCGCUAAGGGUGAUACUCCUGGACCAAACAUAGGAACUACCUUGGUACCACCACAGCAGUUCACCACAGCCCCACUUAUUCCCAUUCCUCAGCCUGGAGAGGUCUGUAUAUACAAUGGUAAAACAUACACCCAAGGACAGGCUUGGUAUGAUGGCUGCGACCAGAAAUGUAUCUGUGAUAAUGGAAAAACAGGCCACUACACAUGUUCCCCAAGAUGUCCUCAAUAUCAAGCUGGCUCUCAGUGCAUUAUGGUGCCUGAUCCCCAGGAUCCUGCCUGUUGUAAGGUGCCUCAGUGCCCCCAGGGUAACACUGUGCCCCCAGUUAUCAUAGGAACACAGUCUCCAACCCCUGCCCAGACUACACCAAUCAAGAUAAUUGUCAAUCCUAAUGGACCAAUUAUUUUUGGUACUCCUGCACCAACAACACCCAUCCCUCAUAUGUGUGUAUACAAGGGACAGAUGUAUCAACAAGGUCAGAAAUGGCAGGAUGGUUGUAAUUAUGUGUGUGAGUGUGUUGACUCCACCAGCGGACGGUACCGGUGUACAGAAAGAUGUCCCAACUCAAACCAGAUACCACUGACCUGUAAACUCAAGUACAACCCAGAUGACCCCUGCUGCCCUCUGCCUGACUGCCCAUCCAUUAUCGCCCCUACCCCUGGACCUGGUUCCACUCUCGCCCCCACCGCUCAGCCUCCACCAACACCAGCAUUCUGUGUAUACAAUGGGGUACCAUACAAACAGGGAGAAAGCUGGAAGGUCGGCUGUGAGAAGAUUUGCAGAUGUGAUGACGCUGUGAAUGGUCAGAUCAACUGUGAUGAGAGAUGUCCAAGCUACCCACCACCCAAGCCAGGAUGUCGACUGGUGACUGAUCCAAAUGACCAGUGCUGUCAGGCUCCAAUCUGCAUUGAUGUCAACUCCACCAACCCCUUCACUGUUGUCUCUGGAAACAAAGGAACCUUUACCGGAACACCACAGAAGCCAGCCUCUGGACAACCCAGCAUUCCCCAGAUUUAUGGCACUAUGAUGUGUGUAUACCGGGGCAAGGCUUACUCCCAGGGACAGAAAUGGGAUGAUGGAUGCCAGUUCCAAUGUGAAUGUAUUGACCAGCAGGCUGGAAGAUACAAAUGUACUGAGAGAUGUGCUAGACACCCACAGGUUCCAUCGUACUGUACCCUGACACAGGAUCCAAAUGAUGCAUGCUGUCAGUCCGUGUACUGCCCCAUCCAACCAACUGCUGCCCCUACAAAGCCUGGACAGGUUACACCCGGCCCAGGCAUGCCAAACCCUUACACACCACCUGCUCCUCUUGAAGUUUGUGUGUACAAUGGACAGGCCUACAGACAGGGCCAGGAAUGGUUUGAUGGUUGUGACAAGAAGUGUGUAUGUGUGGAUGCCAAAUCUGGUUACUACAGUUGUCAGCAAAGAUGCAAUGUUUACCCACGUGUACCAUCUGGAUGUACUCUGGUUCCCGACCCCAAUGACCCAACUUGCUGUAAGGCCCCCAGCUGCCCUGUGGUUCAACCAGGUGCUUCCCCAACUCCUGGUGUAGUCAAACCACCCCAACCAGCCUAUGGAACCAUCACAGGAAAUGGCACCCCACCACCUGAACCAGUGCCAACCAUUAUGGUCAAUGGCAAACCUCAGCCAGCUACCAGUGGAUCCAAUGUCACCCCUACUCCAAGGAAAGGAUGCUACUACAAGGGCACAAUUCACAGAAAAGGAGACAGGUGGCAAGAUGGCUGCGAAUACAUCUGUGAAUGUAUGGAUGACAUGACUGGUCGCUACAAAUGUACAGAAAGAUGCCAGAAAUUCCCUAACCUGCCUAACUACUGUGUACUUGUACAAGACAAGAAUGACCAGUGUUGUGGAGUUCCUUACUGCGGUAAUCCAAACAACCCAACACCACUUGGUAAUAUUCCCACACAGUACCAGACCAUGCCUCAAACCACCCCCACUUAUAUCAACCCCAACCAGCCCGGGCCCAUCAGUGGCACUAAUCCACCCACUCAAACCAAUGGUUACUGUGUGUAUAAGGGUGUGUACUACAGACAAGGACAAACUUGGCAGGAUGGAUGUGACAAGACCUGCACAUGUGAUGAUGUCAACAACAAUCUCUACAGCUGCAGAGCUAGAUGUCCACAGUUCAAUCAGAUCCCAGACACUUGCCGAUUGGUUGCCGACCAGAAUGAUCCUUGCUGUGUGGUUCCAGAUUGUAACACUGCUCCUUCUUACCCACCUGGAUUCACUGGCUCCACUACACCUCGGCCUGAGUACUACGCCAAACCAGUCGUGAAUCCAGGCUUCAGCGGUCAGAGCAAUGUCGGACCCAACAAUCCACUCAGCACUCUGAUUAAUGGCACAACUGGUGCUUGUGUAUACAAGGGAAAAAUAUACCAGCAGAAUCAGAAAUGGCAAGAUGGCUGCAAGCUCACAUGUCAGUGCUUGGAUGCUCUGAGAGGACAGUACAAGUGUACUUACACAUGCCCACAAUAUUACAAUCUGCCUUGGUACUGCACAUAUGAACAGGAUCCAAAUAACGCUUGCUGUCAGAGAGCACGAUGUGAUGAAAGCAAGACUACACCUAGACCACAACCAGUAACCACUCCCAAACCAGUGGUCAUUACCUAUCCCACAGUGCCACAGGGAACCACAAGACCUCCAGAUAUGUGCCGUUACACUGACAAUACAGUACAUGUACAGGGGGCUACCUGGGAUGAUGGAUGCAACUACAGAUGUAUCUGUAUUGAUGCGAAGGUCAACAAUUACAGAUGUGAUGCAAGAUGCCGCGUGUAUUCGGGUCUUCCAUCUUACUGCACCCUCAAACAGGACCCAUCUGAUACCUGUUGCAAAGUUCCAGAGUGCCAGAGUGGACCCAUCAACUACCAGCCAGUGUAUAACAACAUGGCGGGAGCCUCUACUCCACCCCCUAAUGCAUUCAAUGUAGUCCCCAUUGGAUCCCAUAACACUGUUUAUGGAUCGAAUGAAGUCAAACCAGGUGCAGUCAAUCCAUUCACCUCUGCUGGAGGUUACCAUGCUUGCAUCUACAAGGGGUCUGUGUACAAACAAGGAGAUUCAUGGCAGGAUGGCUGUGACUAUGUGUGCACUUGUGAGAAUGCCCAGAAGGGAGAAUACAAAUGUGUAUCCAAAUGUCCAAUUUAUCCACCCACCCUCCCAACAUACUGUAGAAAGGUAACAAUCCCAGGACAAUGCUGUCCUAAACUUAGUUGUGACAUCCCUGGAACCAAUGGCUCCUAUGUACCACCAUCUGAAGUACAGAUCACCCCAGCUCCCACUUAUGCUGGAGGACUGGUAGUCACUCCUGCACCAGGAGGCCUCUCCGGACAGGGGUCAUACACAAUGCCAACCAAUCCCCCCCAGACCACCGUGGCAGCCUUCCCUGGGCAGGGCUUCCCCAUCUCUCAGAGUCAGAUCACAAGUGUCAGAGCUCAGUGUAUUUUCCCAACCAAAAAUGGCCAGCAGUAUCUGAUAUACAAUGAAGGGGAAAAGUGGAAUGAUGGCUGUGACUAUACCUGUACCUGUAAGGACGGUGCCUCUGGAUACUAUGAGUGUAUCUCAUCAUGCCCCACCUACAAUAACUUGGAAUCUAGCCGAUGUUAUAUGGUACGUGUAGAUGGUAAAUGCUGCUCUGAACCACGAUGUACCCUUGCUAAUGGACAGGUUGUAGAUCCCACGAAAGUACAGACCUCCUUCCCCAUUGUUCCUUCCCUCAGCGGAGGAUACGUCAACUUCAGACCCGAUACGGAUUAUUCUGCAAUAGGAUCUGGAGGUUACGCUAACACAAGUGGAAGCAGAAAUGUCUGCAUCUACAAGGGACGCCAGUACCAACAAGGUCAGUCUUGGAGCGAUGGAUGCGACUUUGACUGCAGAUGCGAUGAUGCAUCCACUGGACAAUUCUCCUGCACACCUCGAUGCCCUGUAUACACGGAGCUUCCCUCUUUCUGCACACUGGACACUGUACCUGGAGACUGCUGCAAGAAACUGAACUGUCCUCAUGUAGUACCAGCUGGCACCACCACAACUCCCAAACCCACAAAGCCAUCAUGUGACUGGUGUAAAGACACCCUGUCAACCUGCGAGUCGUAUGGACAGCAGGCCUGUGUUGCUCCAUAUGAUGCAUGGGCCAGGAGAAACUGUGCCAACUAUUGCAACCUCUGCCAGUAUGAUUGUUCCCACCCACCACCUACCACCACACCACUGCCAGAUGGCUGCAGCAACAAAUUGAACAAUUGUGAGGAUUAUGGCAAGGACUCCUGCACAGGAAUCUUUGAACCAUGGGCAAGAGAAAACUGCCAAGGCUUCUGUGGCUACUGUUCCAGUGGAAGUACACAGUCUCUCUGUCAUGAUGAAUCCUCAGUGUGUGUUCAAAUGGAUAUAAGUAUCUGCACAUCGAUUGCAUACAAAUCAUGGGCCCAAGCAAACUGCAAAAAGACCUGUAACCUGUGUUCGGGUGGAUCAGGAUUAACAACACCUGCACCAAAGGGUUGUCGUUACACGGAUGGUGUUAAUCAUGCACAUGGCUCAUGGUGGCAGGAUGGCUGCAGUGCUGAUGCUAAGAACUGUACCUGUAACGAUGGUAUUGUCAAGUGCUUAAGACUGUGUCCACAGUAUGAUGCACUCCCAGCUGGCUCUGUAUUAAGUGAAAAACCAGGCCAGUGCUGUCCCAUUGUGGAUCUCAAUGUGUCAAGUAUAGAUCUUUGUCACUAUAAGGGUUUUUUAUACAAACAAGAUGCCACCUGGAAUGAUGGAUGUAAACUAUCAUGUGUUUGUACAGAUGCAAAACAAGGAUUUUAUCAGUGUCGGGAAAAAUGCCCUGCGCUAGUGUUCCCUCCAGGAUACGAUUGUUACUGGGAAGAUCCUUUACCCGGCAAAUGCUGCCGCCAGCCCAAAUGUCCACCUCCGGUUGUCAUAACUGGAUACCCUAAUGAUUGAGUUGACUGAUUGUUUUGUUGUCCUCUCUGUGUGUGCACUUCUAAAGAGAAUAAAAUCUUACUGAUAUCA